AAGUCAACAUCCGGGCAUCUGUCAUGUUCAUGGGCGCCCGUCGCCAUAUAAAGUUGUAAGUUGCAGUCGGAAGAUUGCAAGUGUUGCCAGCUAGGAAGGGCAAAGACAAAUUUGUUUUGGGGGAAUCCAACCCCCAAAGUUUCUUUUAUUUAAAAACAACUUUUAUUUUCUUGUAUCAUCGACCAAUUUUUUGUCAGAUAACUUUUUCCUUUAUUUCGGUUGGUAAGCAUGGAGUUGUAAACAUGACGUCGUUUGUAGUCUGCGUCUCUCCUAUCCACGAAGGAGCGACCUUUGGGUCUUUAAAUUCAUUAAAUUUGGGGGUUUAUGUUGGAGGAAAGUUGCAACACCAUGGACAAGAAAAACAAUCGUCAAUCACCAUCAGCUGUUCAAAAAUCGGGCAAUGGUAACGAUUCGAAAAGACAGCAAAAUAAUGGGGAGAAUCCAGGGGUCCGCCAGUUUGGAGGAAGAAGAAAAGAUUAUGGUGGAAAGGGGUUGGCGGAAUCUAGUCCAAGAAGGCCCACCCCACAGAAAAACCGCAAUGUAUUUGACAAACGGCCUCGCUCACGUGGCGGAGGACAGUACUACCAGGGGGCAGAAGGAACUGCCAGAGAAGACCUGACAGAAGAAUUUCCCCUUGAGGUGGAUUUAGUACCUGGAAGAAAAACCAAUUUGAAUCACUUGCUGAACUUCACUUAUGCUGGACAAAGGAGUCGUGAGAAAACGAGAGGUCGAAUAUCCUGGCAAUCGGACAGUUACCAUGGUUAUGGAAGAAGGAAGGGAUCAUCAAAAAAGAUGUUGUACAAUAAGGAACAAUACCUCCAAGCCAAUUAUCAGUUUAUUGUGAAGGAUGAUGGCGACUACUCCCUCCAUUCUGUGGACCCAGAUGUUCUAGUGGACUGGGAUGCCAUUGAAUUGAUCCGUGUCUUUGGACAAGAAGUUUCCUCCUGCCCGAUAUGUCUGGAACAGCCUACAGCAGCCAAGAUGACUCGAUGUGGCCACAUUUACUGUUGGCCAUGCAUACUUCACUACUUGGCCCUUGGAGAACAAACCUGGAGGAAGUGUCCGAUCUGUUAUGAGGCUGUUCAUGAGCAAGAUCUAAAGAGCACCUGUAUAGAGAAAGUCCCAGCAUAUAAAGUAGGUCAGACUAUUACAAUGCAGCUGAUGAAAAAAGAGAGGGGCACGAUAUAUGCCAUGCCGAAAAACCUGUGGGAGAAGCGAGAAGGCACUAUGAUGAGUAUUACAGAUGACAACAGGAAAUCAUCAGGUAUGAAGAUUCUCACUGCGAACAGGGAUUACAUAAAGAAUUGGAUCCUUGAUGUGGAGCGGUGUGCCCUGGAGCAGAAAAAUAAAAGUGCAGAGACAUCGGAGGUGGCCUUUAUUGACUCUGCAUUACAUCACUUGCAAGCAAGACAAGAGAACCUGAUGAGAAGGAAGUCCUCGUCAUCCUCAGUCCGUGACCCGGCUCCUAGAGUGAGUGAUCCUGACCCUCUCAAGACUUCUUCCCAUUGUGACCAUGUUCACAGCCCUUCACAGAAUAUGACUGAAUAUGCCUGUGCUUUCUCUAACGAAGAAGCACAAGAAAGCCCAUCUGAUGAGCUACCUCAAACAGACAUGCCUACAAAUCCAGCUUCUGAGGCAUCAGAUGUAGAGUCCCUGAUCCCAGAAAAUGCCUUACCCCUGGAGGAAGCAGCUGAAAAUUUAGAGAUUCCCCACCUAGAGGGAGACACCGCAAAACACAUCAGUGAUUCCUUUUACUUCUACCAAGCUGAGGACGGACAGCGGAUAUUCUUGCAUGCAUUGAAUGCCAGGUGUCUGGUUAAAGAAUAUGGAGGAUUAGAACACGGACCCCAAACUAUUACAGCCAAAAUAGUAGAAAUGGAAAGCGUGUUUAUGACAGAGGAGCUGAGGAGGAGACUGCGAUACUUGUCGCACCUUCCGCUGACCAGUGAGUUCCAGGUGGCUGAGUUAGAACUCCGACCCCCGGUCCUGUCCCGGGACACCCUCAGCUGCUUUGCUGAUGAUGUUGAGCAUAGAAAACGUCUUAGGCAGAAAAAAGUCAGACAAGAGAAACGAUGGAGUAAAAAAAUUCAAGAGGAGGAGAGGCGUCGACUGGGAAUCACUCCAGGAAUGAAGAUUGUAAAGAGCGCCUUCUGUCCACAGAUUGUAUCAGAGAAUCGACCCAUGUCACCUACAGCAAAGAGUGACAGCAGUGAGCAGAGUUUGCCCUCGAUCUCGUCACCGAUCGGAAGUCCUCUUGAUGGUGUGACUCUGGGGUCUUCACUUGAAGAGGAUGAAGGACAGCAGACCUCCAUGUCAUUUGCACAGAUGUUACGAGGAGGUGCAAAGAAAACACCCUUGUGGCCCAAAGUCACGGAACCGAAAUCUGAGGCCAGGCCUUUGACCAGGGAUAGCGACGGAAGUGAGGAGGAAUGCUCCACUGCACCGGUCUUUCAGAACUCCUUUGGAGAGGCCAUACAGACUGCACUGGAAAAUUUAGAGAGUGGAAAAGAGCAAAGAAGAAAUGAAGAUGGUGGUUUCAAAAUGGAGAAAUUGCCAGGGAAAAAGAAGAAGAAACAGCAGAAGCUUCUAUUUACCACAUCCAUGGCCAGAGGAGGAAAAUAGUGAAUGUUUUUAGAUUGAGAGACCAGAGUAAAACUUGCAUGUACAAUGACAUUUAUAGACAAUUCUAUCUUUUGUUUGAAAUUAUCAACCUGUCACUAAAAUGUGUCAAGUGACAAUUAUUGCUAUAUAUUGAAGUUGUAUCUACCAUGAUAUUGAAUGAUGACCAUGAAUAUAACAACAUAAUUAAGCAAGUCUAUGUAAAUUGUUAAUUACAACUGUAAAAUUAUCACCUUUGAUGUAAGUUCUGGACUUUUUACUAGUUUCUGUAUAGUCCUUUUGUUUGUGAAUGACUUGUUAUUUGUGAGUUCCUACAAAUAUCAGCAUUCUCUUUCUGUUUAUUUUUGUUACUGCAAAAUAAACGUUUGGUAUUGGU